CGAGGGGGCCGAUGCCAGACCCCCUGCCGCCUGGCCAUGUCCCACAGAGCUUACUUCCUGCUGCAGAGGGACUUCCAGGAGCUGAAAGAGAACAACUACGCGGGUAUUUCUGCCUUUCCUGUAAGUGAAGAUAUGAUGGAAUGGGAAGCUGAUAUUGAAGGUCUAGAGAAUACAAUUUGGCAUGGAAUAUUCUUCCAAGUGACAAUUAAUUUUACAGUGGAAUAUAAUCUUGUCCCUCCAGUUGUGAUAUUUAGAACCAUUCCUUUUCAUCCAAAUGUAGACCAACAUACUGGCCGACCCUGUAUAGAUUUUUUGGACAACCCUCACAAAUGGAACAGAAGCUACACAUUGAGCAGCAUCUUGCUUACCCUCCAGGUUAUGCUUUCUAAUCCAGUGCUAGAAAACCCAGUGAAUUUGGAAGCAGCCCACGUUCUGACUGAACAUGAAUCUAUGUACAGAGAGAUAGUUCAAGCACUUUUCCAUGAACCAUUACAAUUGAAAGAUGACAGCCCUGAGUUAUCUAAAGACUCAGAUAAACUUAUCAGGUCAAUUAAAAUUUCAUUUGACGAUUACUUCAAGACCUGGUCUGAAAUAGCUACAUCAAAAGCUGCAGAAUGUUACAGGACUCCAUUGCUUGAAGAUCCAAGUUUUAUUGGACAGUAUCAUAAAUGGAAGAAAAUGGAGCUAAAACAUCAGAAAGAAUGGAAUUUAAAGUAUGCGGCUGCCUUCGCUCAGUAUGCUAGAGAAACCAACAGUUCUUACAAAGCCAAUUAUCGAGCCAGAAGAAUCCAGCCCCGCCCAGCUCCAGAUCCACAAACUGAAACAGAGAUUGUCAUAAAGACUCAUGAAGCAGAGGAGGGGUGGAAGAGUGAUAGUGAUCACAUUGAUGAGUCAUGGGAAGAUGAAGUGGAGGAUCUGGUCGCCUGGACCAACAGUCUUGAUGCAGCUACUUUAGAAGAUUAAGCCUCAGGCUCCAGGAUUUAAAAAAUAAAACAGCCUCAACCACAGCUCAGCUUCAUGUAGAAACUUUGGAAGGCUCUCAGAACUCGGAUUCCAUUUUUCUUUUCCAAGCUGGUCUCAUCCUCUCACUGCAAGUACAAAUUAGAAAUAUAAGUAAAAAUCAGUGAAUGUGUUACUUUGAAUCUUCUUGAGCCCCACUUGGUUGUUUGAACCUAAGUUAGCCAAGUUAGGGGUGUUCCUUGCAGUAUUCCAAUCAGUGCUAUUAUACCCACGGCUGCUAAGUGACUGGAUAGAGGUUUCCGCAGGCCGGAUGUAGGUCAGGAGAAGCUGAGAUGGAAGGGGAGCACUCAGGAGCUCUGCAUCUGGACAUUAAUCCAGAUACAGGGGCCUGCACAUUUCUCUCCAUCCAUCUUGUUUAUGGUCUUUCUUCCUCCACAUUCAAAGGAUGAAAUGUGACCUGUCCAUCAGCGUUCCUCCUCUGUUUUCUCCCAGAAUACAUGCCGUUUUCUCUUUGACCAGCCCUCGCCUCAAAUUUUCAUAUCUGUAAUCUCUCCCCCUUUUUGCUGUGUUGCCUCAACCUGCAAAUAUGCUUUGGGUUGCUCCUGUUCUAAAAUACCUCUCCCCCUGUGGCCCUGCAUUUCUACCUCCCUCAGCACUAUAUCAUUCAUAUUUUCUGUCGGAUUUAUGAAUCAUACUCUAUCACUUACUCUCUUUAUUUCUUUAGUUCACUUUACACUUGCAAAUAAAAAAAUCUAUCUUCUGCUUAAACUACUCAAUUAAAAUUCCCUAGGGUCACAAAAGACUUCUCUAUUGCCAAAAUUCAACAGAUGCCUUAUCUCAUUGGGUCUCUGGGCUAUAUGUAAUAUUGUUGAUCAUUUCUCUUUCUCUUUUUAAAAAUGUUUAUUGCCUUGCCUUCAGACAGACCUACUUUGAGACUUACCUACCCACACAGCUCUCCCCACGAACACCAUAAAUAUCUAUAGAUAUGAGUAUAUGUGUGUAUAUCUAGGUAGAUAGAUGAUAGAUAGAUGAUUGAUGAUAGAUAGAUA